UUUUCUCAAACCCUUUUAUGGGGUUUUUAGGUUCUGUUUUGGAAAUCUCCUUCUCCCCUACGAGAGUUGUGAGUAUGGUUCUUUUGUUUUUAGGUAUGAGAAAUUAUUCUCAUUGGUUGAAGUUCGAGACUCGAUAUGAAGAAUUAGGGUUUCACAACUUCUGUAAAAUUCUGGAAGACUAUCGGAGUACGUUCAUCCCAAAAUUUUCGCAUCUGCAGAUCGUAUGCCGAACCAGAGCGAACUCACAGAUUGCAUUGCUUCAGAUGAAGAUUUUUAUUAAGGCAAAAUUAAGUCAAAUCUGCGAUGUUUACAUUUCUAGGGUGAUAUGUAUUUCUAUUAGAAUUUUAUGUUUUUCAAAAAUGACUUGUAAGUGCCGUUUGGCGAAAUAUUAAUGAAAUCCCUUUUCUUUCAAAAAAAAAAAAAGACCAAACUAUGACUAAACCAUAAAACUACACUAACCACUAUUAAUCAAUGAUAUACAUCACUAAUCUAGAAUAAUGACAGUAUAAUAAUUAGUAAUACCGUGUUAAAGUGUAAUCAUAGUCAAGUGAAGUAAUAUGGUCAAUCAGUCCAAGCCCAUUACAUUUUUAAACCAAACCCUAAAAUUACAUAUUAGGUUAAUGUUUUUCUGUCUUUCAUUCCAAUGCCAUGCAUCAAUAUAUUACAAUGAUAUUUUGGCAACUCUAGAUCCUAUUUAAAAGGCAUGAAUCAAGGGAACAUUUGUUUCCCAAAAUAUGUAUCUCAAUACUAUUUCCUAGUUCUCUCCACUGCCGUUUUUUUUCACUCUCUCCUACUUCCCUCAUCCCUGACAGCCUGACUUCCCUCAUUCCUUCAGGCGCCUCCGCCCUCCGCCCUGCCUGUCCGCUGGCCGCCGCCUCCCCUGCUCAAACACGACUGUCGUGCUGCUGCUUCUGCCGUGCUAUGUGCUGCGUCCGUGCUCAGGUUUAGUUUAAGAUGGCUGGACGAUUUCAGAUAGUGGAAAAUAGUAUCACAACUUCAAUGAACAAGGGAAACUACGAUCAAGCCAAAAAGAUACUUGAUAAAGAAAUUGAAAAGACUGAUGCUUACCCUGCUGCUGACCUUGCGGCCCUCUACGAAUUGCUGGCAUGGGUAAAUGCUGGUAUUAAUAAUGAUGUAAUGGAGGCAUUUGAUGCUGUGACUAAAUCUAACAACAUUCGAAGCUCUAAUCAAUUCAGAUAUUUCCGUACCUACUUUAUAACAGGGUGUGUUCUUCGCAAACAAGCUUUGUUAGAUGAAGCGAUAACACUUUUGCAAGAAGGUCUAGGGCGUGCACAAGCUGUUGGCGAGAAAGAUUGGAUACACAAAUACAAGAAACUGAUCGGGUCCUUAAAAGAUGAGCAGAUUGUUCUAAAGAAAGAAGCAAGAAAAACGGAGCUCGUGAAGAAAAGGGAAAAUCAAAAGGGGAGUUUGAAAAAAGAACCAAAAAAGUAGCGAAAGAUAUAAAAUUAUAAAUUGUGGAAUGUGAAUUCAACUUAGUAAAGUUUAAUUAAUGCGGAAAAUAAAGAAUACUUUCAGAGAGAAUUGAAGAGAAGAGAGUAAGAAUGUGUUUAUUUCUGUAUAUCUCUCUACCAACUAA